GACCUGAAUCAUGUUUUAAUUUGAAUUAUAGGUUGUAGAAGAUUUGAAUCAGUAUUUGGUUACUUCAGUUUGUCUUUAUCGUUUAGAAUAUAUAUUCCCAGAAAUGUCGACACCUGAUGUUGAUGUGAAUCAUAAUAAAAAUAUAAAAACAGAGGAUAUACUCUGCCCUUUGGUUGAAUAUGAAGAAUGCGAUUUUUCAAAGUUAUUAGAGAAGCCUAGGCUUUUGAAUAUAGAUAGACAGAGAUCACUUGAUGAAAGGUCGCUCAGCGAAUUAUCAAUUGGGAUGUCUCCACGUCAUUCUACUAAAGGUGUUGAUCUUAAUUCAUCCCGCUUUUUUGAGCAACUGGAGUCUAUUUGUUCGCCGGUGGGUAGAAGGUCAGGUUUUAGCACACCAAGGUCACAAACUGGUUUUGACCCGCAUCCAAUGGUUGCCGAAGCUUGGGAAGCCUUGAGAAGAUCAUUGGUUUAUUUUCGUGGUCAACCGGUUGGGACUAUUGCAGCAUUGGAUAAUACUGAGGAAAACCUAAACUAUGAUCAGGUCUUUGUAAGAGAUUUUGUCCCCAGUGCAUUGGCUUUCUUGAUGAACGGGGAACCAGAAAUAGUAAAGAAUUUCAUUUUGAAGACCCUUCGCCUUCAAUCAUGGGAGAAAAAGAUCGAUAGGUUCCAGUUGGGAGAAGGAGUAAUGCCAGCUAGUUUUAAAGUGCUCCAUGACCCAGUUAGGAACAGUGAGACAUUAAUUGCAGAUUUUGGGGAGAGUGCAAUAGGAAGAGUUGCUCCCGUUGAUUCUGGAUUUUGGUGGAUUAUUUUGCUUCGAGCAUACACAAAGUCUACUGGAGACACUUCAUUGGCUGAGUUGCCUGAAUGCCAGAAGGGUAUGCGCCUAAUUCUGAGCUUAUGCCUGUCAGAGGGAUUCGACACAUUUCCAACCCUUCUCUGUGCUGAUGGUUGCUGCAUGAUUGAUCGUAGAAUGGGUGUAUAUGGCUAUCCUAUUGAAAUCCAAGCACUUUUCUUUAUGGCUCUAAGGUGUGCUUUGCUUCUACUCAAGCAAGAUGAUGAAGGAAAGGAGUUCAUAGAACGUAUAGUUAAACGCUUGCAUGCCUUAAGCUAUCACAUGAGAAGUUAUUUUUGGCUAGACUUGAAGCAGCUCAAUGACAUAUAUCGCUAUAAGACGGAAGAGUAUUCCCACACAGCGGUUAACAAGUUUAAUGUAAUGCCUGACUCUCUUCCCGAGUGGGUUUUCGACUUUAUGCCGCUUCGUGGUGGCUACUUCAUCGGUAAUGUUAGCCCUGCAAGAAUGGAUUUUCGCUGGUUCUGCUUGGGUAAUUGCAUUGCAAUUCUAUCAUCAUUGGCUACUCCUGAACAAUCGACUGCAAUUAUGGAUCUUAUAGAAUCACGCUGGGAAGAGUUGGUCGGAGAAAUGCCAUUAAAAGUUUGUUAUCCAGCAAUGGAAACUCAUGAAUGGCGUAUUAUAACAGGAUGCGACCCCAAAAACACCCGAUGGAGUUAUCACAAUGGAGGAUCAUGGCCAGUGCUACUAUGGCUGCUGACAGCUGCGUGCGUGAAGACCGGACGCCCCCAGAUCGCAAGGCGCGCCAUCGAAAUUGCCGAAGCCAGGUUGCUGAAAGACCACUGGCCGGAGUAUUAUGACGGAAAGCUGGGCCGAUACAUCGGUAAGCAAUCACGUAAAGCUCAAACCUGGUCCGUUGCCGGUUAUUUGGUGGCAAAGAUGAUGUUGGAGGACCCAUCUCACUUAGGUAUGAUAGCAAUCGAGGAAGACAAACAAAUGAAGCCAGUGUUGAGAAGAUCAAAUUCAUGGACUUUAUAACAUUCUAGCUUUUGACCUACUGACAUGUUUGAGUAGAAGGGCAAAGGUAGAAAUGAAAUAAACACCUCAGCAUAUUUGAUCAUUGUAGAAUGUUUCUGUUUGAUUUGCACAAUUACUUCCUCCCA